AUGGCUCGAGGGCACUGGGGAAGUGGUAGUGAUAUAAUUGUUGAACCUGUGAAUUUAGGUCGUCCUGACAAAAUGGAUAUUGAAAAGAUUCUUGAUCCUGUACCCAUAGCGCAGCUCUUCGUAGCAGUACUUGUAAAUUUCUUCUUUGCUUAUAUCGUAUGCAAGAAGGGGCAGAAAGAAAUUGGCACCUACAGGUACCUACUAAUAUCGUUUGCUGUCUGCAAUAUCAUCUAUUCAUCCUCUGAAUAUCUUGCCAAGCCAAGUACGUUUUGAUA